GUACUCUGAUUGGUGACGGGUGAGGUGGGCCCGGCUGCGGCCCGAAAUCGUAGGACUUCCGAAAGCAGCGGCGGCGUUUGCUUCACUGCUCGGAAGUGUGAGUGCGCGAAGAUGCGAAAGGUGGUUUUGAUCACCGGGGCUAGCAGUGGCAUUGGCCUGGCCCUCUGCAAGCGGCUGCUGGCAGAAGAUGAUGAGCUUCAUCUGUGUUUGGCGUGCAGGAACAUGAGCAAGGCAGAAGCUGUCCGUGCUGCUCUGCUGGCCUCUCACCCCACUGCUGAGGUCACCAUUGUCCAGGUGGAUGUCAGCAACCUGCAGUCAGUCUUCCGGGCCUCCAAGGAACUUAAGCAAAGGUUUCAGAGAUUAGACUGUAUAUAUCUAAAUGCUGGGAUCAUGCCUAAUCCACACCUAAAUAUCAAAGCACUUUUCUUUGGCCUCUUUUCAAGAAAAGUGAUUCAUAUGUUCUCCACAGCUGAAGGCCUGCUGACCCAGGGUGAUAAGAUCACUGCUGAUGGACUUCAGGAGGUGUUUGAGACCAAUGUCUUUGGCCAUUUUAUCCUGAUUCGGGAACUGGAGCCUCUUCUCUGUCACAGUGACAAUCCAUCUCAGCUCAUCUGGACAUCAUCUCGCAAUGCAAGGAAAUCUAAUUUCAGCCUCGAGGACUUCCAGCACAGCAAAGGCAAGGAGCCCUACAGUUCUUCCAAAUAUGCCACUGACCUUUUGAGUGUGGCUUUGAACAGGAACUUCAACCAGCAGGGUCUCUAUUCCAAUGUGGUCUGUCCAGGUACAGCAUUGACCAAUUUGACAUACGGAAUUCUGCCUCCCUUUAUAUGGACACUGUUGAUGCCAGCAAUAUUGCUACUUCGCUUUUUUGCAAAUGCAUUCACUUUGACACCAUACAAUGGAACAGAAGCGCUGGUAUGGCUUUUCCACCAAAAGCCCCAAUCUCUCAAUCCUCUGAUCAAAUAUCUGAGUGCCACUACUGGCUUUGGAAGAAAUUACAUUAUGACCCAGAAGAUGGACCUAGAUGAAGACACUGCUGAAAAAUUUUAUCAAAAGUUACUGGAACUGGAAAAGCACAUUAGGGUCACUAUUCAAAAAACAGAUAAUCAGGCUGGGCGCAGUGGCUCAUGCCUGUAAUUCCAGCACUUUGGGAGGCCAAGGCAGAAGGAUCACUUGAGACCAGGAGUUCGAGACCAGCCUGAGAAACAUAGUGAGACCUUGUCUCUACAAAAAGAAAUAAAAAAGAUAGCUGGGUGUGGUGGCUUGCGCAUGUAGUCCCAACUACUCAGGAGGAUGAGGUGGGAGGAUCUCUUGAGGGUGGGAGGCGGAGGCUGCAGUGAGCUGAGAUUGUGCCACUGCACUCCAGCCUGGGUGACAGUGAGACCCUGUCUCAAUAUAUAUAUAUAUAUAAUAUAUAUAUAAAACCUGAACUGACAAUGACACUCUGGAACAUUGCAUACCUUCUAUACAUUCUGGGGUACGUGGAUUUCUACUGAGUUGGAUAGUAUGCAUUUGUAAUAAACUAUGAACUAUGA